UUCGAGGUUCUGUUUUCAUUCAUAAUUAAAAUUAUUUUUUUUAUAAAUUUUAAUAUUUUUUAGAAUUUUUAAAGUUAGGAAUAUGAAUUAGGGAGGGAAAUUUAGUGAAAAGAUUGUGAUUUCGACCAUUUGUUUCGGCUUGCAGUUGAUUCGAGACGCUACAAGGAGAUGAGACAUGGGAAUCUGCCUCUCAACUAUGCACAGCUGAGUUCUCUCCUCUCCCUCUGUGGUCGGGAUGCCAAGUGUCGUCUCGGCUCAUCGCUUCACGCUGCUAUCAUAAAAAAUGCCGACCAUUUUAGCUUCGACGGCUGUAGCAAUCAUCGCUACGUCAUGGUUGUGUGGAAUGCGCUGAUCUCCAUGUACUCCAAAUGCGGCCAGCUGCUUGAUGCAACGAAGGUGUUUGAUCAAAUGCGGUACAGAGACUCGAUUUCUUGGAAUUCGGUCAUCUCAGGCUGUUUGAUUAGGAAUGAUUGGGAACGAGGGUUCUGGUACUUCAGGGAUAUGCGGCGCUCUGCGAUCGGGAGUUGCGACCAUGCGACCUUCACGACUGUUUUGUCGAUAUAUGUGGAAAUGGAACUCCUUCUUGGGAUCACAAUGGUGCAUGCUUUGACGAUUCGUAGUGGUUACGAGCAGGCGACUUCAGUAGGGAAUGCUCUCAUAAGUGCGUACUUCAAACAUAGGUGCUCGAAUUCAGCACAAAAGGUGUUUGACGGAAUGCUGGAGAGAAAUGUCAUAACAUGGACCGCUAUGAUUUCUGGACUCGCUCAAAGCCUAAUGUGCAAGGAGAGCCUGGCGCUGUUUCAACAUAUGCGUCGUGUUGAACAAGCUAAUUCUUUGACAUACUCAAGUUCACUACUUGCAUGCUCUGGGUUGGUUGCCCUUCAUGAAGGACAACAGAUUCAUGGGCUCAUAGUGAAGUCUGGGUUUCUCACGGACCUGUGUGUUGAGAGCGCUCUAAUGGAUCUGUACGCAAAAUGUGGCAUGAUGGAAGUUGCACUUCAGCUCUUUCAGGCUUGUAAACAUCCUGACCAUGUCUGCCUCACGUUGAUUUUAGUUGGUUUGUCACAGAAUGGAUUGGAGGAAAAAGCAUUUAAGCUUUUUGCUGAGAUAGUUGGGUCCGGGAUGGAGAUGGACGCAAACAUGUUCUCAGCUGUGUUGGGUGCAUUUGGUCCCUCUGCACCCUUCUCUCUAGGCAAGCAAAUACACUCGUUGGCCGUUAAGAAGUCUUUGGGAUCGAAUGUUUUUGUUUCCAAUGGGCUGAUCAACAUGUAUGCCAAAUGUGGCGAAUUGCAGGACUCCUCCAAAAUUUUUAAACAAAUGGAGAUUAAGAAUUCAGUGUCAUGGAAUUCAAUUAUAGCAGCCUUUGCCUGUCAUGGUCAUGGUUCAGAGGCACUUCGGCUAUACGAGCAUAUGAAAGCAGAAGGCAUGGAGCCGACGGAUGUCACGUUCUUAUCCUUGCUUCAUGCAUGCAGUCAUGUUGGUUCUAUCGAGAAAGGUAUGGGCUUCUUAAAGUCGAUGUCCUUGGAUCAUGGAAUCAUGCCAAGGAUGGAACAUUAUGCCUGUGUCGUGGACAUGCUGGGCCGAGCCGGACUUUUGGAUGAUGCCAAGAGGUUCAUAGAAGAUCUACCUUUGAAUCCUAAUGCUCAUCUUUGGCAGGCACUGCUUGGUGCUUCUAGCAUUCAUGGAAAUCUGGAAAUGGGAAGAUAUGCAGCAGAGCACUUGCUUCUCAUUGCACCAGAAUGCUCCGCUGCUUAUGUGCUGUUGGCAAAUAUAUAUUCAUCCGACGGGAGAUGGGAAGAACGAGCUAGAAUUUUGAAGAUGAUGAAGGAGAUGAGGGUGAAGAAGGAUACGGGAUCAAGUUGGAUUGAGGUUGAGAAGGAGGUUCACAUUUUUGUUGUGGAAGAUAGGGUUCAUCCCCAAGCUGGGCUCAUCUAUGAGGUACUGAACGAGUUGGUUGCACUCAUUAGAGAUCAGGAGCAUGUGCUGCAUAAAAGGUCUCAGCUAUAUGGCAUCAAAAUAUAGGAAGGUAGGUUGUUAUUCUGGGAGAACUUGGAGAUGUAACCUAUAGCUAUCACAUCCUUGGAGAAGGGCAAAAACUAUGGUAUCUUGAGAUACUUGGCCAUCAAAAUACAUGCCAGAGAAACAAUAAGAUUAUAGAAGUGCUAUCUCUACAGAUUGGGUUAGAUGGAAUCUCGAAACAGAUUGUCUUGGACAGGAUAUUGAGUUGGCAGAUUAUAUUGGAUAAGAGAACUCAUUUGUUCAGUCAAGUCUCAAACUCCAGAUUUGAUACUCGACUUUUUCCAAUGAUCUACUUCUCCAUAAGAGUUAAGACUCCAGUAUUCUUGUGAAUUCUUUUGAAGUUUUCUGUGAUUCAUCAGGGUUAUCUGCAAAGUUUGAGAAAAGCAACUCUUUCUGUGCUCGAAGCGGAAAACUGGUGAAAAAUUAGUAGAGAAAAAAUAAUUGCAGAAGCGAGAAGAGUGCCAUUAAUCUCCCUGAUUUUGGUACUGCAGGCUGCAAAAGUUAGUAGAGAAAAAAUAUUGCAGAAGUGAGAAAUUGGGUUGGAAGUGCUCUCUUUUUGCUGACACACUCCCAACCAGAAGCGGAUUCGGCAUUGGAAAACUGGUGGAAUGGAAUACAAGGGUGGGUCCCAACAUUUUUUGUAGUCGAAUGGAAUAGAUAUGCUGUCUUAUAACUUACAAGCUGUUUUGAGUAAUUGUGGUGCAUCUUUAGAAAAGCAGUAUCGCUUUGAGGUUAAAUGGAUUCAUGAUCUGCAUGCAUAUCAGAGAACUCCAAGUCCAAGUUAUCCACAUGUGGUCUCGGAAGAAUAUGAAGGAUGAAGGAGGUUUUAACUGAAGCACAGGAAAUGUAAGGGGAGAAUUUCUAGCAUGAUUGCUGGAUGGAAGAUGAGGCAAUUGGACUGAAAAAUGAUCAUUCUGUUGUUGCAGAAGCUGAGACGAUUGUUAGUUGCAAAUCGUACUCGUCUUUUGCCAUGUCUACAAAUUCAAAAACGCCUAUCAUCAAAACUGAAGCUGUUGGGAAGAUUUGGGUGUCACAGGAAUCGUCUGAAGCAAGCGCUGGUUCUAUGGUUGGCAGUAGAGGCUCAAUGGAGUUCUUGUUCCAUUUUGACAUUAGGAAGCUGACGUGUAGCUUUUUGCCAUUGCAGAUGUAAACCUUGGAAGGAAGUAGUCGAGGCAAUUCUAUGGUUCAGAUCAGUUGAUUCUCUGGUACAAGACAAAAAAGAACACUGAGCGGAAGUAGAAACCUGUUUUAUUAGCAGCUGUUGUUUGUAUGAAUCGUGACAAAGAAAUCGUAGAUUAUCUUCAGUAGAGAGCUCAAGAGUAAUGGCGUGAUGCAUCAAGUAAUCUCCUACAGCCUAUGUUUGUUUAAUCUUGUGAAUCCACAAACUUCAUUUCAUACUUUGCUCUGUUGGGCUGUUGGGGAAAAUGAUCCAUAACAUUUUUUUUCAUUUGAUAGUUCAGACUGCAUCGGUAUACUUGUAAACAGUCCAAAACAUGCCUUUUUUAACCACCGGUAAGAGAAUUGAACAGGCA